GGACUAUAUUCGGACCUGCCAAAUAUUCAUAAAUAUCAGUUUAUUGGAUUCGUCUAACGUCAGAGAAUCCAAAUUUUCAGAUUAGAACUGAUUAAAGUCGACCUGGGAAGCUGCAUCGUGGAUUUAGGUAAAUGUAUAAUAACAAUCAAAAUGUCACAACAACAAGAAUCAGUGCGACUGAUGCAAACUACUCUUAUUGAAAUGAACGAAAAACUUGACAGGAUGAUCUCAUCUAUAAAUGCUAUCAACACUAGAAUAACAGAAGUUGAGUCAGCAGUGGUGCAAAUCAAUGCUCCAUCUCUUCCUCCUAAACCACAGUCACCAACAUCAUCACUUCCUCAUCAAAGUGAUACCAAUGAUAAUGAUGUUCGUAUAUACGAUGAAGUUCAAAAUGCACCUGCAGUACCAUACAGAAAAAAAGGAAAAACUUUUUCAACAAAGCAAUGCGAGUUUAUGAAAUUAGAGAUGCAGGAAGUCAGAGAUUACGUUGAUUCUACGAAGUCGAAAAAUAAGGACGAGAAACAGAAAGCACAAGCUUCAUUGACCUCGAUUAUUUCUACUUUUACUUUGCUCAAAAAUUAUUCAGAGUUCUGAACAAAUAUAUAUUGCUGAUUUGUAGCUUCAUAAUAUGUCAUAAACGAAAUAUAGAGCAAAUUAUUAAUACAGCAUGCAUACAGAAACGUGGUAAUUUACUUUGAACUUUAAAUUAACCAAUCAAUAAACAUCGCUCAUGAAGUCCCAAACUUGUAUAUUGUCUUCAUAAAUUAAUAAAUAAAUUCCAAGAUUGUUUCUACAUUUACUUGUAAUCUGACAUAAUCAUUUUUCUGGCAUUUGAUAUGAUAUGGGAUGCACCUCGAAAGAUAACAAUACGUUGUACUUACACACUUUGUAUACGUAUUAAAUUAUUAACAACUUGAAAACAUACAUUUGACUUGA